AAUUGUUAAAAAAUGAGUACAACGCCGCCCCAACUGCUGCAACUGCAGCUUUCCAGCGGAGGUGGGAAAGAAAAAGAAGCCAACGGUGGCAAUGACGAUUACCGAUGCCGCGAUAAGGAUCGUUCUCGUUCCAAAGAUCGGGGCAAGGACAAGGAUAAAGACAAUAGAGAACGUGAGAAAAAACGCAGAGAUCGAGAUCGUGGCAGCAAAGAUCGGGAUAGCCGUCGACGUGACAGCCGCGAACGUGAACGGGAUCGAGAGUCCCGAUCUCAUCGGAGUCGUUCGCGUAACCAUGAUGACUAUGACAGACGCAAGAAACGCUCACGGAGCAAGGAUCGUGAUCGCAGACGUGAACGGGACCGCGAGUCUCGAUCAAGACGAAGUGGUUCGCGAGGUGGAAGUAAUCGCGAUGACUAUGAUCGCAGUCGUAGGCGUCGUUCCAACAGUCGCAGCUACGACCGGCGUCGUAAUGAGCGCAACAAUGAUUCGCAUCGUAAUAGCCGAGAACGGACCAGUCGGGAGCGCAGCAGUCGUGAGCGCACUUAUGUGAACCCAUUUGACACAUCGAACAAUCGCAAUCUAUCGCAUGAGCAGGAGUCGCGAAUACCGUCUCUCUUCGAACGCCAUCACCAACAGCCCCAGUUGGAGUCAAUUAGGGAGGAAUCCAGUUCGCGCUUUGACUUGUCGCAGACCAUACAGGAUUUAAUGAGCAAUGUGGGCAACAACAAGAGUUUUGCAUCGUUGUUUAGCAAUCAAAACAGCAACGAUUCCAUGGGCAACGGAAUCUCCGAGAACUCAAUGGACAGCGCAGCGGAACGGAAGCGAAAGAGGAAAUCUCGAUGGGGCGGAACUGAAAAAGACAAGACAUUCAUACCGGGCAUGCCUACAAUUUUGCCCUCCACGUUGGAUCCGGCACAGCAGGAGGCCUAUUUAGUUCAAUUUCAAAUCGAGGAGAUUAGCCGCAAGCUGCGCACUGGCGAUUUGGGCAUCACGCAGACGCCGGAAGAAAGGUCACCUUCCCCGGAGCCUAUUUACAGUUCUGAUGGGAAACGUUUGAAUACGCGCGAAUUUCGUUAUCGCAAGCGAUUGGAAGAGCAGCGCCAUCAGCUAAUAGUCAAAAUGCAGGCGGUUAAUCCAGAAUUCAAGCCUCCAGCAGAUUACAAACCACCUGUUACGCGUGUCAGCGACAAGGUACUGAUUCCGCAAGAACAGCAUCCGGAUAUAAACUUCGUGGGCCUCUUGAUUGGGCCACGCGGCAACACGUUGAAGGCCAUGGAGAAGGAUACCGGAGCGAAGAUCAUAAUUCGCGGUAAAGGCUCUGUCAAGGAGGGCAAAGUAGGACGCAAGGAUGGCCAGCCUUUGCCAGGAGAAGAUGAGCCACUGCACGCCUUUAUUACAGCUCCAAAUCCGGAGGCUGUGCGUAAGGCCGUCGAUAAGAUUAAAGAUGUCAUACGUCAGGGCAUCGAGGUGCCCGAGGGUCACAAUGAUCUGCGCCGCAUGCAGUUGCGCGAGUUGGCCCAACUCAAUGGUACGCUACGCGAGAAUGAUAUACAGCGCUGCACUUGCGGUUCGACGGAUCACAAGUCAUGGCAGUGCCCGGAUAAGCCAAUCAUUACCAACACAAUUGUGUGCACCUCAUGCGGAGGCACUGGCCAUUUAACAAAGGAUUGUCGUAAUAAGCGUCCAGGCUCCGGCGCGCCAGGCAUGGCCUGUGAGGAUUCCCAGGCUAAGAUCGAUGAGGAGUAUAUGAGCUUAAUGGCAGAGCUUGGCGAAGGACCACCACCUUCCGCCGCGAAGGCUGAUGUGCCUGCUGCUCCGCAGCUUCAUCGGGCGAGCUACAGUAUCUUCGAUAAGAAGCCUUCACAGAUGCAGGCCAUACAGUCACCACCCAAUUCGUCGUCACGUGAUCAUCAACGUGACAUGGGCGGGGGCUGGGGAGGACCAUCGCAUGAGCAUCAAAUGAACAUGGACCCUGGCAUGGGCAUGGAUCAUGGAAUUGGCAUGUCACCAUAUGUACCGGCACCGCCCGUGGUCCAGGCGCCACCACCAAUGCCGCCGCCGCUAAUGCCUUGGAUGAGUGCGCCGCAGCCGCCCCCACCGGCCACCGAGCCCAUGAAUCCGCCAAUACCAGGCACAUUACCGCCUUUAAUACCGCCGCCGCCUGGUACUAGUGCACCGCCAAUGCCACCGUGGGCAAACAGUUAUCCUGGCUGGGGCACGGGCUAUGUACCACCACCUCCACCGCCGUGUGCGCCGCCACCGCCUUCGCUAAGCCUGUCUCAGCCGCCACCGCCGCCGCCGCCAUCUAACUGAUCUUUUACAUAUGCCUCACACACUUAUAACUUGUAGCCUAACAAUCUUCUUAUAUCUAAUAUCUAAAACUUAAAAAACCUGAACUAAAUAUGUAACUAUGUACUUUGUAUUUUAUGCUUCAUUAAAGGAUUGACAAAAUA